AUGGCCUCUUCUUCCGGCACAUCACGUCCUCCUCGACCACCACUCUAUCAGCCACUAAAUAUUGACGGAUGGACAGUAUUAAUCACAGGGGCUAGCUCCGGCUUCGGGGAGGCGAUGGCGUGGCGUUUUGCAGAAGCCGGCUGUCGUUUGGUGCUACUAGCGCGGCGCCAGGACCGAUUGGAAAGCCUUCGCGACCAAUUGCACUUUACCUACCACGUACCUGUCCACACCGUCCAGCUAGACGUGCGAAAUAUUGCCGAAGUGGACCUGCUACCCCAGCAGCUCCCGGAGGAGUUCGCGACGGUGGAUAUCCUGGUCAACAACGCGGGUUUAGCACUGGGCACUGCGGCGGUGCAGGACAACUGCAUGGACGACGCGGUGACGAUGAUCGAGACAAACGUUACGGCGGUGAUUGCCAUGACUAAGGCCUUUGUACAGGGCAUGAUUGAGCGCAACCGGGGGCACAUCGUCAACAUCUCGUCCAUCGCGGGGUUAGAAGCGUACGGAGGCGGCAGUGUCUACUGCGCCACCAAGCACGCCCUAGCAGCCUUCACCACCGCCUCGCGACACGACCUUGUGGGAACCAACAUCCGAGUCACGUCCAUCAGCCCGGGUGCUGCGCAAACGGAGUUCAGCUUGGUACGGUUCAAGGGUGACCAGGAUAAAGCGGAUGCAGUCUACCAGGGCUUCGACCCUCUCACCGCUGAGGACAUCGCAGACAACGUGCUGUAUGCAUGUACACGCCCCGAGCAUGUCCAGAUUGCCGACAUCCUGGUGCUGGCCACCAAUCAGGCCUCAGCGAAGGGAAUUGCUCGGGUCCACCUGGCGCAGGAGAGAUGA